AGCAUGCGCUGCCUGGAGCAGCAGAGCAGAGCAGAGCAAUCCCAGCGAGCGGGCACCUUGGUCACCCCUGCCCGAGGCAGCUGCCAGUCGCCGACCGGGACACGAGUGAGGAUCGUCCGCAGGCUUGCUGGCUUUGCCCCAACCCACCUGGGUCAACCGCUGCAAGAAUGCCUGCAGUUUUCUCGGUGGCUGAGCUUAUUUUGGGUCUCUGUGUCACUCUUGCCUGUGGAGAUACAGAAGUAAGGUUCGCAGGCCAAACCAAUUUUGUGGUGUACGAAACAAGUAUUUCAGUUAUACGCUUGGUUAUUGAAAGGAUCGGAACACCAGCCAAUGUCACAGCACUUUUACUGCUUCAAGGGGAAGAUACAGACGAUUUUGAGGCUACGUCGGCUGCUGCCCGAUUAUUAGCAACUGAAACAAAUAAAACUGUGUACAUCGCAGUCAAGGAUGAUCAUUUUCCAGAAGCGGAUGAAACGUUCGUUUUUUCACUAAGUUUGCAGGGAACCUUUGCAGAUGUUAUGCUUGGAAUUCCCAAUAUUGCCAGAGUAACCAUUCUGUCAAAUGAUAAUGCCUUUGGGAUUAUUUCUUUCAACAUGUCUUCCACAAUCAUUGUCAGUGAAGCAAGGGAGAGAAAAGAACUUGUGCCGCUUAUACUAAUCAGAAAGAAAGGAACCUAUGGGACCGUAACUGUGACCUUUGAGAUUACAGCAGGUCCAAAUUCUGCAGAGGAAGACAUCAGUCCAGCAAAAGGAACAAUUGUUCUUCCUCCUGGGAGAGCAGUAGUCGAAUAUAACCUUACCAUUUUAGACGAUCAGAUUCCUGAAAAUGAAGAAGUUUUCACUGUCCGGUUGACGAGUGUCGAGGGAGGAGCAGAAAUUAACGCUACGCAAAGUAGUUUUCAACUUGAAAUCAAGAAAAAUGAUUGCCCAUUACGAUUAGCACAAGCGUUGUACACUGUGCCUGAGACAGUUGGUGUAAUAACCAUACCAGUCAUUCGGGGGAAGGACCAAGAUGGACAAAUAAUUGGUUCUGACGAUGUUCUGAUUUCUGUUAAUUACCAGAUAAUAACUGGCAACGGUUCUGCCAAUGCCUUGUUACAGUCUGAUUUUAUUGAUCUCCAGCCAAACGAGACCAUUAUUUUCCCUCCGUAUGUUUACGAAGUAAAUCUGAAAUUUCUGAUUAUUAAUGAUUCUAUCCCUGAAAUUGCAGAGUCAUUUCAGGUGCUUUUACUUGAAGAUACAAUAAUAGGAGACGCAGUGCUGCUAAGUCCCAGUAAAGUCCAAAUUGUCAUUGAGCCAAAUGACAAACCCUAUGGAGUUCUGUCCAUUAACAGCAAACUUUUAGCACAGAAAGUUGCAAUUGAUGAAGAUACAAUGACAAGAUUUGAUGGAAUUACUAUUGUAAGGAAUGGUGGUGCACAUGGCAACAUCUCGGUGAACUGGAUUAUUUCGAGGAGCAGUAACGAUUCCUCAGCUGUUACUGAAGACCUCGAACCAUCUUCAGGAACUCUGGAAUUUGUAGCAGGACAAAUGAUGGCUCUUGUGCCCCUCUUUAUUGUCAAUGAUGAUACACCUGAAGAAGCAGAGGCUUAUCUUUUCCGGCUGUUAAACAGUACAAUAAAAGGAGGAGCAGAACUGGAUGAACCCACGCAAAUUAUAUUUUAUAUUCAAGACAGUGAUGAUGUUUAUGGCUUAAUUGGCUUCCAUUCUAUGGAGGGACAAGAAAUUGAAAGUAGCCCAACCGGGCGGUUUCUGUCCUUGAGUUUUGGCAGGCACAAUGGUACAGUUGGGGUUGUGCAGCUGAACUACACUGUGCUGUAUAUCCCUGCUGGUGACGUGGAUCUUUCCAAUGCAAAGGAUGAUAUCCUCAAUGUUUCCAGCAAAAACAGUGUCAUCUUCAUGCCAGGACAGUCACAGAUAAGCAUCAAGUUGCCAAUAAGAAAUGAUGCCUUCCUUCAAAAUGGAGCGAGCUUUCUUGUGCAACUGGACACAGUGGAGCUGAUAAACAUCCUUCCUCUUGUUCCAUCAGUGAGCCCCAGGCUUGCUGAUUUGCUAAUGGUCUCACUAAUAAUUACACCCCAGUUGGCAAAUGGAGAAGUUGGAUUUACCAGCAAUGAAACACUUCUUGUUCAUGAACCAGAAAACGCCUCUGAUAGUCAGAUCUAUAUUGCUUUGCAACGCGAUGGAACUGAUGGCUCUGCCGAGGUGUUCUGGCAUUUAGAGCCUGCAGGGGUUAAUCAUAACAGAAACAGCGAUGACCUCAGCCCAAUGAAUGGUUCUGUUAAAUUUCUGUCUGGCCAAAGCAAUGCAACAAUCAACAUCACAGUAAAAUCGGACGACCUGCCCGAAAUAAAUGAGACUUGGAUUAUCUCUUUAGACCGAGCUAGCCCGGAAAAUCAGAUCAUGAAAUCAAAUUACAUCAGUAGGAAAAUAAUUAUUUUACAAAAUGAUGACCCGGGUGGAGUAUUUGAAUUUUCCUCGGAGACAAGAGGACCAUAUUUUGUGCAGGAAGGUGUUGCCUUUGAUCUCAAGAUUAUACGAUACCACGGUGCACUUCUGAAGCAAUUCUUGCGCUAUGUUGUGGAACCAAAAGAAACUUUUGAGUUUUAUGGGAAUACGGGAGUUUUGGAAUUUGACCCCGGUGAAAGGGAGGUAGCAAUAACAUUGUUAGCAAGACAGGAUGACGUACCAGAGCUGGAUGAACACUAUUCUGCAACACUCAGCAGCCACGGUAUACAUCCAAGCAAAUUAGGAGCUGCUACUCAAGUCAAUAUAACAGUUAUGAAGAAUGAUGACCCUCAUGGUGUGUUACAGUUCAACACUCUAGAAUUGACGCAAAGCAUAAAUGAAAGCAAAGAUAACAUUUUAAACAAAGCUGACUUUACUGUAAUCCGUGACCGAGGAACAUUUGGCAGUGUUGAUGUCCACUGGAGAUUGGAGCCUGCGUCCACUAACGAUGUUUACCCUGUCCAAGGUGUGGCCAGCUUUAAAAGUGGUGAAUCUUUGAAGAAUAUCACUCUGCAAUCCAUUCCUGAUUCUGUUCCUGAGGAAAUUGAAACUUUCGUAAUCAUCCUUUGGAAUAUCACUGGCGGUGCUGAGCUUGGCAGUGCACUGAAUGCAACGUUGUUUAUUAAUAAAAAUGAUGAUCCCAUUUAUUUUGAAGAGCCAAUUGUCAUCAGAGUCCAAGAAGGUACUGUCGGUAAUUUCACUGUUGUGAGAAAUGGAUCUGCAGACUUUGUAGCUGUUGUUGUCUACGAUGUUGUAAGUGGAGGAGCCGUGCAAAGUGAAGGAGAUUUUCAUUCACAAACUGAAAACAUGACACUGGUAUUUGAGGUUGGAGAACAAAAGAAGACCAUUUCUGUGAUUAUUAAUGACGAUGAUAUUCCUGAAACAGAUGAAACGUUCUACAUUGUUUUACUUAAUUCUACAGGGGAUGUCGUUGUAUAUCAACCUGAGAGAGCCACUGUUAUUAUUGAAGCAAAUGAUGAUCCUAAUGGAAUCUUUUCACUAGACCCUUCUGAAAAGGCAGUUUUUGAAGGAAUGACCACCAAUUUUAUGAUUAUGAGAGAGCGAGGAACAUUUGGAAAUGUCUCCGUUUCAUGGCAGCUAUUUUUCAAUGGCACUUUCUUGGAACCUGGGCAAGAGUUUUCAGAAUCAUCUGGGAUUGUGGUCUUCACUACUGGAGAGGUAGCCUCCCCUGUAGCACUCCAUGCACUUCCUGAUGGAAUUCCAGAAUUUAAUGAAACCUAUGUUUUAAGGUUGCUCAAUGUUUCAGGUGGAACUCCCGGCUCUGGCGGUCAAUUAUCAAAUAAGAGUUUAAGUGUCAACGUUGUGAUUACAUUUAAUGAUGAUCCUUUUGGAGUUUUCAUUCUGGAUGCUGAAAGCCAGGAGAGGGGAGUUGCUGAAGAUGUGCUUUCAGUCGAGGACAUGUCCUAUAUAACAAACUUCACAAUUCUGCGGCAAAAAGGCGCAUUUGGAGAUGUUCGAGUCGGAUGGGAGAUACUGUCCAAUGCAUUCAGAAAUGGACUGCCUGACAUGACGGACCUCAUCCUCGUUGGAACGUUUCCCAGUUCUGUUGAAUUCCGCCCUCAUGCCAGACGGCAUCGCACGGGGACAGAUGUUCUGUACUUCAGUGGGGCAGAGCAUGUCUACGGAACUGUUAGCCCAGAAUAUCAUCCCAGGAUGAAUAGCACAAUUAAUAAUUUUACAUUGACUGCUUGGGUGAUACCCGAUCCCAACACUAAUGGGUUCAUCAUAUCAAAAGCAAGUGACAAUGGCACCAUUUAUUAUGCUAUGAAGUUGAUGACAAAUGAAUCCUUUAUCUCAGUAACGUUUUGCUAUAACCUGUUGAGCUCAAAUAUUACCAAUGUUGUCUCAGUAACUGCAUUGAAAUAUAUGGACGAAAAUACUUGGAUACAUAUUAUAAUUGUAGUGGCGGAUGGAACAAUUGAAUUUUAUUUGGAUGGGAUUCUACUUCCACAUGGCAUCAAGUAUCUCAAAGGAGAAACAAUUGCAGAUGGACCUGGUAUUCUAACUGUUGGGGCAACUGCUGAUGGGCAGAACAGGUUCACAGGACUAAUGCAAGAUGUGAGAAUAUAUCUCUGUAAACUGGACCGAGAUGAAAUUCACGAAAUUCACGCUAGCCCAGCAAAGGCUGAUCUGCACCCAAUAUCUGGAUACCUGGAGUACAGAAGAGGGGAGAGGAAGAAGUCAUUCAUCGUUGCUGCAAGAGAUGAUGCUGAAGAGGAAGGGGAGGAAUCUUUUGUCUUAAAACUGACAAGUGUGAAUGGUGGAGCCAGAAUCUCGCAGGACAAUGCCACGGCCAGGCUGCGAAUAGAGAAAAGUGACAAUGCCAAUGGAUUGUUUGGUUUCACCGGCACCUGCAUACCACAGACAUCCAGUGAAGGGUCAACAAUAUCAUGUAUUGUUGAAAGAACAAGGGGCGCCUUGGACUCUGUCUUUGUGAAUUACAAUAUCACCCAGGUUGAAUUUGACCACAGCAAUAUGAGUGAUUUUGGCAAUCCUAUUGGUACUAUCACCUUUGUUCCCUGGCAAAACUCUGAGGUUUUGAAUGUCCAUGUUCUAAAUGAUGAUUUACCUGAGCUUGCUGAGCACUUCAUAAUUUCCCUGGUUUCAGCGAUUUCUGGAGACGGGAAAGUGGGCUCUACUCCAACUAGUGGGGCCAGCAUAGACCCAGAGAAAGCAAGCACACAAGUCGUAAUAAAAUCUAGUGACCAUCCAUAUGGUUUACUGCAGUUUUCCACUGGACCACCACCGGGAACAAAUGUAAUUGUCUCGCCUGCGGUCUCUGUACCGAGUGUUACCGUGAAGGAGGAGGUUGGUUCACUCGGAUUGCUUGUAGUUCGUGCCCAAGGCCUUCUGGGCAACGUCGUGGUUGUGUACCAAACUGUUCCCCUGACGGCUGCGAGCCCAUCCGAUUAUCAAGAUACAGCAGGCACUCUAGAUUUUAAACCUGGAGAGCAAUAUAAAUACAUAACUAUAAAUAUCACCGAUGAUUCUGUUCCUGAACUACCCAGCAGCUUUAAAGUGGUGCUAUCAAACUCUGAGAAAGUGGCUGAACUGCCUGGCGUAGGUACCAGUGGUAGUGGCGAUGGUGAGGUGGAGUUUGUUCUUCCAGCUUUCUACAUGCAUGCUAGCCUUGGGAUAGCAUCUGAAAUCAUCGUUACCAUUGAUGUCUCUGAUGAUGCCUAUGGAGUGUUUCAAUUCAGCAGUGACUCUUUACAGGCAAAGGGUACAGAACCUGAAGGGGGUCAUGACGUUGUAUUAUUACAGGUAUCCCGUGCUGGUGGUGCUCUUUCCCAAGUUAUUUUAUUUUGGGAUGUGGUCUCUGACCCUAACAAUAAUUUGGUCGAUAUCCAUGGCAACAUCACAUUUGAAACUGGGCAAACACUGGCCGACAUAGUGCUGCAGGUGGCUUCAGAUGAUGUGCCGGAAUUGGACGAAGAGCUUCUGAUAUACGUCAGCAAUGUUUCCAAAGGACGCCUGGGGACUCUAGUGAAUGCCACCGUGACAGUUCUGGCUGACGAUGAUCCUUAUGGGGUGUUCACCUUUUCGGUAAGAAGUCGACCGGUUCGAGUUGAGGAGGAGGACCAGAACGUGACGCUGACAGUGGAGCGACACGGUGGAUUCUUCGGUAUUGCCGUGGUCACGUACGCAACUGUCGAGGACACACGAUCAGCUGAUCUGCCAUCCUUCAUUGCUCAAGCAAUGGGUGAAAAUGAUUACCUUGCCAUAUCUGGGUCAAUAAUCUUUGAAGCCAAUCAAAUGGAAGCUAACAUAACUAUUCCCAUUCUGGAUGAUGAAGAACCUGAAAGGGCCGAGUCUGUGUUUGUCCAGUUACGUGACGUAGUGUUGCUGAAAGGGGAGCAGGACAGACCAAUUGCUGGAUCUCCACGCCUUGGAUCAAAGAACGACAUCAUCGCCCAAGUGAUAAUCAAUGCCAACGAUGAUGCAUUUGGAACCCUGCAGCUCUCCACUUCUGCUGUACGGGUUUAUGAAAAUUACGUUGGACCAAUAAUCAACGUCACAAGGACUGGAGGCAUAUUUGCGGAUGUUUCUGUAAAAUUUCAAGCUUUGUCAAUGACAGCAAGAGCUGGUGAAGAUUACAGCAUCUCAUCCUCUGAUGUCAUCUUACUCGAAGGGGAAACCAGCAAGGCAGUGCCAAUUUACCUCCUUAAUGAUGUUGUUCCUGAACUUGAAGAGUCAUUUUAUGUCAAGUUAAUUAAUGAAACCACAGGAGGAGCUGUGCUUGGAGGAAUUACACUGGCAACAAUUACAAUUGAGGCUUCAGAUGACCCUUAUGGAUCCUUUGUUUUCGAAAGGACAGAAUUUACUGUUGCAGAACCGGAAUCUAAAACCACAAAGAUAAAUCUGCCUGUUGUUCGAAAUGCUGGGACACUUGGUAAUGUCACAGUCCAUUGGGUUGCCACCAUGAAUAAACAAGACAUUCCCAGCGAUCUCCAGGAGAAUUUGGGAGAGCUGAUUUUCACUCCAGGGCAAACUGUACAAACUUUGCAAUUGGAACUUCUAGCAGAUGAUAUCCCAGAAAUUGAAGAGGUUAUUCAAGUGAAACUUACUCAUUCCACUUAUGGGAGCUCGGUUGGGAGAAACAAUGUUGUGAAUAUUAUUGUUCCAGCAAAUGACAACCCACACGGCACUGUUCAUUUCACACACACUGUGUACAGAGUUCAGGAGCCACUGGAAAGAAACGCCAGAGCAAAUAUCACAGUGGCAAGAAGCGGAGGUCAUUUUGGGCAAUUGCGAUUACUUUACAGCACCUCUGAAAUUGAUAUUGUCGAUCUUCUGACAAGAGGAGGGCAGGACCUUCUCUCUUAUUAUGACCCCCCAGUUCCUGGAUUUGCAGAAGGACCACCUAUUUUCCAGCUGAAUGUUUCUCAGGAGAUAAAUGCUUUGCAUGCAUGUGCAGCUUCUUGUCUCAAAGAACAAGCUUGUGUGGCUUUCUCAUUCACUGAUUUCUUUGGACAAGCGGCCAAUUGUUCUUGGAUUGGUUCAUCAUCUGAUGUAUUGGUUCCCAGCGUAGAAUUUGCAACAUAUCGCAAGAAUAUUUCCAGUGUGGCCACCCUGCUGAGUAACCGGGCCACUGCUGGCUCUGAUUAUGAGCCAACCUCUGGAGUCUGGGCUGUCAUGCAUGAAGGAGAUGCGUUUGCUAAUCUAUCAGUUUUAAUACAAACUGACGCUGUGGCGGAACUUGAUGAAAAAUUUGCCAUUUCGCUUUUAAAUGUGGAGCUGCAGAACUAUAAUGUAAAGGUUAUUCCAGAAAACCAACCUACAGUCGGCCAACCAAACAUCUCAACUGUUAUCAUAGCCAUGAAUGGAGAUGUGUUCGGCAUCUUUCUCUUGUACAUUGCAAACGUCAAUGCCACGGAAAAAGGAAGUUACCUUGAAGUAAGAGAAGAAACUCGGCUGACAGUACAGCUUGUGGUGGACAGGAGUGGUGGAAGUCUUGGUGAGGUGACCGUGGAGUGGAGUGUAGUUGGUGGCACAGCCAGAAAGAACAUUGAUUUCAUAGGUGAUGGUGAAAUAUUAACAUUUGCAGAAGGCGAGAAUAAAAGAAUUGUCACGUUAAUAAUCGUAGAUGAUGAAGAACCAGAAGAUAAUGAAACCAUUGUAGCCCGUUUGACACACACUGAAGGUGGCAGCCGUAUUCUACCCAGUUCCGACACCGUCACUAUAGUUAUUCUGGCCAACGACUAUGUGGGAGUAGUAGUUAACUUUCAAGCAUCCUCUCUAUCAGUCACUGGACAGGAAGGAGAGACUUUGCUAUUCUGGAUUGAGAGGAGUUCACCAGGAAGUGGGAACAUUACUGUUGACUGGGAAAUUAAUGGGCGAUUUGUCCAGCAAAACUUUGUGGAUAUUCGAGGGACCGUCUUGCUUUCCGAGGGUGUUCUAAAUGCAUCCCUUCUGGUCCACAUACUUGAUGAUGAUGUCCCUGAAGAAAACGAGGAAUACAUAAUUAUUUUGUCAAAUGUCAAAGCACAAGGCAUUCCGUCAACAAUUGCAGUUUCUCUUGACAGCCAUGGAUACAAAGCAAAUCUUACAGUGGAAGCAAGCGAUGACCCACAUGGCUUAAUGACAUUUGCUCUGCCAUCUCACUCGGUUUCUGUUCAGGAAGGCAACAAAAUCAUUCAUCUGUUGGUCAAUAGGGAAUUUGGAUCACUAGGAGUGAUUAACAUCACGUAUGAGACAGUUCGAGGGUCGUUGCUACCUCCCAAUUUAGCUGAGGAGACCCUGGCUGAACCUGGUCUUGAUUUUCUGCAUGUGACUGGUUUUGUUGUUAUGGAAGAAGGGAAAGUUACCACAACCAUAAAUGUGACCAUUUUAGAGGACGAUAUUCCGGAAUUGCAGGAGCUCUUUCUUGUGAAUCUUACAUCUGUGAAGCUCAUCCAAUCUGAUUCAAGCCUUUCCCCCCCUCGAUUGGAUGCAGCAGGUCAGGUUUCUCAGAUAACAAUCGAUGCAAAUGAUGGUGUAAAGGGAAUCAUUCAAUGGCAAAGCAUUAAUUUUGAGGUGAAUGAAACCACAGAGAACCUCACCUUGGUGUUAUAUCGAGAUAGAGGCACAUAUGGGAAUGUAUCACUGUUUUACUAUCCCCAAAAUCUCAAGGCGCAACUUGGAUUGGAUUUCAAUGUACAACCAAUGAUCAUUUAUUUUAAUGAUGGAGAGAGAUACAAAAAUGUGGAGAUUGAAAUCUAUGAUGAUGAUACUCCAGAAGGGGAUGAGGAUUUCCAGAUAAUCCUCGCUAAUGCCUCUUUAGGAUUAGAACUAGGAGAAAGAAUCACAGCCACAGUGAUCAUCUCUGCCAAUGAUGAUGGACAUGGGAUCCUGUUGUUUAACAACACUGAGCACUUUUUCCUUAAGGAGCCAAGUGCCCCUGGUGCAUCAGAGAGCAUCGCAGCACUACACAUUAUACGAAACCCACCUCGAGGAACAUUUGGACAAGUCUCUGUUCAGUAUAUAGUCACAAGUAUGAAUGGAUCUGAUCCUUUGUUGGACCUCACACCUACACAAGGUGUUAUUGUAUUUGAAGAUGGUCUAAAACAGAAGAUUGUGAAGAUUUCUGCUAUAUUGGAUGAAGAGUCCGAGAUGGAUGAAGAGUUCUUGGUUACUUUGUUUGGCCCUACAGGUGGUGCUAGGCUGGGAGACCAAGUACAGAUCAUGAUAACAGUCCUUCAGAAUCAGGCACCACUGGGACUUUUUAGCAUCUUCCCAGUAGGAAACAGGACUCGUGUUCAGAGCCUGGAGGAAGGCAAUAGAACUCUGUAUUUCAAUAUUUCACGAAGUAAAGGUUUAGAGAAUAGAGUCACAGUGGAAUGGGAGACUCAAGCUGGAACAGCAGAUGGAAUCACUGGUGAUAUUCAAGUGUUGUCCAUAUUACAGAGUUUCUCCGAAACACCUGGCUCGAGGUGGUGUUUCCUGAAAUUUAACCACAGCCUGUUUGGAAUUUUUCUUCGAAUAAACGGAAGCAAUUGGAACGUGGAUGCCCUGUCGACCCUUCAUCGAUGGCAGGGUGUAUUUGUCCCAGUGCAGAACAUUGAAGCACAAAAUCCCACAGGCUGCACAUCCUUUGUCAGAAAUGAUGUAUCCUAUAUAAUCAUUACUCACAGUGGAGUAACUGGAUCUAAAGCAUCCAACAACGACAUUUACAGGUUUACAUUGCAAUCUGAAUUAACAUUGAUUCAGGCUUUGACUGUCCCAGAAAGCAGUGAUGUAAAACACUUUACACAUGAAAACCAAGACUAUUUGAUCAUCAGCAGUCAAGUGGACACUUCUGACAGUAACUCAAAGAUUUACAGAUGGGAUGGGAAUGCAUUUAUUUUGCACCAAAACCUACCGACUCGUGGUGCUUCUGGCCUUGCUCUAUUUAAACAAGGAAAUCUCCUCUACCUGGCUGUUUCCCAGAACAACCAGGCAUCGGUCCUCUUUCAAUGGAGCGAUGACCAAUUCGGCAAGCCUCGGAACUUGACCUUCCAUGCAGGAACGCACGUCAGCAGCAUAACUGUUGGGGGUGACACCUACCUUGUCUUGGGCAAUGUUACUACUUGCUCUGUGUACAUUUGGAAGACCGAGCAGCCCUUUUUAAAACUGGUCCAGUCUAUUCCUGUUAACACUGUGAGAAACAUCCAUCUUUUUACACCUCCUUCUGGCUUUGUUCAUCUCCUGUUGAAUGGUGAAAACAAGUCAAAUCUCUACACAUGGAACACAGUGAGCAACCAAUUUACAUCGGUGCUGAAACUCCCACCAUCAAAUCAUAUGGUUUCUGUCAAUGCUCCUUCACGUAAUGGAACCAAAACCCUCAUUGCCUCAGUGGGCAGUUUACAUUCCUGGAUCUAUGAGCUGGCUUCCGUUUCUAAUGAAUCAGAUUUCAUUCCAGGAUCUGAAGAGCUUGUUUUCGAACCUGGGGACAAGGAAGCUGUGAUUGCAGUAAAUAUUCUUGAUGAUGAAAUGCCAGAAGAUGCUGAGUUUUUUACCGUCAGACUCGUCAAUGCAAAAGGGGGAGCUGAGAUUGGUUUUAAUGAUCAUGUGACUAUAGUGAUCCAAGCAAAUGAUGAUGCCCAUGGAAUAGUCGGCUUUGCGCAGAGUUCAUUAUCUAAGCAAGUGGAAGAAUUAGAACAAGACAGUAAGGUCACACUGAGUGUUGAGCGGCUUCGAGGAACUUACAGAGCUCUCACUGUACAUUGGGUAACCAAUGGAAAUGUCAAUGAUAUCUUUCCAACUUCGGGAAUGUUUACUUUUAUAGAGGGUCAAGCACUCGCAUCAGUUUUUCUUGUGGUGCAAGCUGAUGAUAUUCCCGAAGGAGCUGAGGUUGUAACUAUAACACUUGUGAACGUCACCACCAUGGGUGUGCAAGACCAAGCUAAAGGUGCAGUCAUUGACACCAACAAGAAAAUGGCCAUCUUGACUGUUCUGCCCAAUGACUCGCCUUACGGUGUGAUCAGCUGGCACUUGGACUCAGCCAACAUCUCUCUGCUGGAGCCUGAAUUUGAUUCAACAGAUGUCACUUUAACAAUAGUCCGUGAACAAGGAUUUGUGGGUGAUGUUAUUGUCCAGUACAGGACUCAACCAAAUGUUUUCCUUCCACCUAUUAAUCGAGCAACUGAAAACCAAGACUACAACAGUAGCCACGGCGCUGUAAUAUUAAAGGAGGGUAGCACGCAGGCAUUGAUUAGAUUUACGAUAUUUCCUGACAACAUUCCCGAAUUAUAUGAAAGCUUCCUGGUUAAUAUCACCAGUGUGGAACUGAUUGAUGCCUCACUUGUUGGAGGAAAGCCCAGAGUAAAGCAUUUGGAAAUGGAGCUUGCAGAAAUAACAAUAGAAGAGAAUGAUGACCCCAGAGGAAUCAUUCAGUUCAACAUAUCAAGGAGUAAAACUGUUGUCGCUUACGAGAUGGCCCCUCCAGGAAACCUCCUGAGAGUACCAGUGAUCCGCAGUGCUGGUACAUUUGGAGAAGUAAACGUACUUUGGGAAGCACUGCUGGCAAGUGCAAGUUUCUCCGAUUUCACCCCAGCCAAUGGAAGUCUUGCCUUUGCCGAUGGAACGUCUUCUACAAUUCUAGAAAUCACUAUUGUGGAUGAUAACCUGACGGAAAUUCUGGAGACAUUCAGUGUUGUACUGACUCAAGUGAUGGGAGGUGCCAAAAUAGGAGAAGACAAUGUCGUUACCGUCAACAUUCCAAAUAAUGACUCCCCUGUGGGAGUGUUUGGGUUUGAGGAGCGUUCUGUGGUUGUUGAAGAACCAAAGACAUCUGAUGAUCCAGCUGGCCUGGUAUCCUUUACUGUCAGUCGAAAGGAAGGUCAUGGCUCAGUGCAAAUAGUUUGGCAGGUGGAUGAAUCUGCAAUUGAUGACAUUGUACCCCUUUCUGGGACUUUGAACUUCAAUCAGACUGAGACGACGAAGAAGAUUGUUUUACACAUUUAUGCAGAUGCUCUUCUAGAGGGACAAGAACAAUAUGUGAUUCGGCUGAUAUCAGCAUCUAACAAUGCUGAAAUAUCCCCUGUCAAUGGAGUUGCCACUGUCAUUAUUCUAGGUGAUGGUGCAUCAUCUGGGACAAUUGCCAUUGAUGCAUCAAACAGACACAUUCUGAUCGGAGAGCCCAGCAGUGACUACAAUGGAACUGCACAAGUAAUAUUAGUGAGAGGUCCAGGAAAUGUUGGUGAUGUUACUGUAAACUGGAUCAUAAUUCCAGCAGUCUUGAAUGAAUUUGCUGAAAUGAGUGGAACCGUUUUCAUGCGUGACCGACAGGCAUCUGCCACCAUUUUGCUACAGGCAAUACAUGACGAUAUUCCUGAAGAAAAGCAAUACUACCAACUUCAACUGACAGGGGUCAGUGGUAGUGCUAUAAUUAAUGACACAUCAAGCUCUGCUAAUAUCACCAUGGCAGCUAGCGAUUUUCCAUAUGGUCGAUUUUCAUUUUCACAUGAAGAACUUCUAACCUUUGAGAAUGGAAAACAGGCUAAUGUUACCUUUGUGCGAUCUCAUGGUAGUUUAGGCCAUGUUCACCUGUGGUAUCAAAUGUAUAAUGGGACGGCACUGGGAGACGUAGAUUUUGCAUCCAACUCUGGACAGUUGUUAUUUGAACCAGGAGAACAAAUACAACAAAUAUCAGUUGAUAUUCUCGAUGACAGCAUUCCUGAAGGCCCUGAAGAUUUCUUUGUGAAAAUUCUUAAAGUGGAGCUUCAGUCAGAUGGUUCUCAUGACUUCGCCAUCAGAGAUCCUGGCCUUCAACCAGAUCAACCUCCCAUUUUGGGUAACAUCUCGUCCAUUAGGAUUGUGAUACGAACAAAUGACAAUGCAGAAGGUAUUAUAGAAUUUGAGCCACAAUUCCUCAGCAUAGAAGUUGAAGAAGACAUUGGAAUGCUUGGAAUUCCCUUGGUAAGGAAAAUGGGGACGUAUGGAAUUGUCACGGCAGACUUUGUUUCUCAUGCUGCCACCGCUCAUUAUGGAGCUGAUUAUAUUCUUCCGAAUGGGACAAUCACAUUCUACCAUGGACAAAAUCGGAGUUUUAUAAAUGUGACCAUUAUUGCUGACAUAGAAAGUGAAUCCGAGGAGCAGUUUGAAAUCCAGUUGAUAGCAGUCAACGGAGGAGCAAUCCUUGGAAACCAUCUCACCAGCAGAGUAACCAUCCGCAAAAGUGACUCCAUUAGCGGACUUAUUCGGUUCCAAAAUCUGACUCAACAAGUCAUCCCGAAUCCCAACACAACACAGAAAUUAUUGCUGGUGCUGGAAAGGGUUGGAGGACAUACGGGAGAUGUGCAGAUAAAAUGGAACAUUUUGGGUCCAAACUCAGAAACAAUCUUGCCAUCAUCCAAUGCAGACAUAGGUGAGCCUGUGAAUGGAACUUUCUACUUUAGAGACGGGGAGGUCGGUAACAGAAUCAUUGAACUGAACAUCUUGCCACAUGGAGAACUUGAAAUUCAGGAGACUUUCAUCAUCCAACUUGGCCUAGAUAUUGGAGAAGCUGAAAUUGAUCGUGCAGAUGGGAAAGUGUUUUUGACUGUACAGAAGUUUGGAAAUCCCAAUGGUAUAGUCCAGUUUACUGAAGAGUCUUUGUAUGUAAAGACUUACUUGGAACCAUCAAAUCAAGAAGAAUUGAUAAAUAUUUCAUUCAGUGUUACAAGGACUAAAGGAAUAAUGGGAGAUGUAAAGGUGCACUGGCAGCUCUGGAGUGACUCUGACAUGACAGGAGAUGUUUUACCGACCAGUGGCUCAGUCACUAUCCUGGAUAUGCAACAGAAUGCAGAGAUAAACCUUAAGCUGUUAGCUGAUGACAUUCCCGAAUUAGAUGAAGUUUAUACCAUUAGGCUGGUAUCUGUAGAAGGAGGUGCCGAUUUGGAUGAAGAUAAAGACUGGACAAGAUUUAUUGUUCCAGCAAAUGACGACCCGUAUGGCUUAUUUGCAAUUUACCCAGAGAGACAAAGUGUAAUUGUUGAAAGUGAUUUGAAUCGCUACUAUCAGAUUAACAUUACAAGACAUGGUGGGACAUUUCAAGACGUGAUUGUAGAAUACAAGAUCAUAUUCCACAGGGAAGGAUUUGCAACCGGUGAAUUGUUGGGACAUGUGUUGGUCAGAGAUGGGGCCAACUUUGCUAUCGCCAAAGUGCCAAUAUCAAAUCGGACUUUCCUCAGACUCGAUUCUGCUGUUUCCGUUCAAUUAAUGAAUGUGACCCUUGUGAGUGGAAAUACUUCAACACCUCCUAAGCUGUUAACCGGGACAGAUUCGGCCAAUGUUUUUGUCCCAGAAGAAGCAGUAAAUUCUCAGGUUGGCUUUGAUUCUUUGGUACUUCAAGUCUCAGAUAUUUCUGCUGGCACAUGUUGGGCUGUCAUCUCACGGAAUGGUGUGUAUGGGCUUGUUGUUAUCGAGUGGAGAAGUGGCUACCCCAAUGACAAGGGCCCUGUUGGAUUUACGCAUGGCUAUGUCAAACCUGCAUUUGGUUCAAUUGUCCUUUCCCAUGGUGAAAAAAGAAAGCCAUUGUUACUCACCGUACCAACUACUAACUUCACGGGCGAGGAAUCUUUUGCCAUUCAUCUGGUUGCGGUACACAGUAAUUUUACUGGUAAAGCUGAACUAAGAUCAGGAUUCACUGUUGCUGAAAUUGAGCCGUUUGGAGUCUUUCAACUUGCCCCUCAUUCAAGGCAGAUCAGAAUAGGAGAGGAUGUAGGAGUAACUACUUUGCAUAUUCAGAGACUCUUUGGUUUCCGCGGCAACAAAACGAAAUUGACCUACAGUACCACAGCAGGUAGUGCCAAACCUGAUGAAGAUUUUGAAUGCAUCCAAAGAGGAGAACUGGUCUUUACUUCACAUCAGACUGAAACUACUAUUGAUCUGUUGAUCAUCAAUGAUCACAUUCCAGAACCAGAUGAAGUUUUUUAUUUAAAUUUGUCCAGCAUUGAAGUUCUGGAUUACAAGCCAAAUAAUACAGAAGAACAAACUUACUUGAAUCCAAACUUUAGUGUGUCAUCUAUAACGAUUAUUGCCAAUGAUGCCACCAGGGGUGUUUUAAGUAUCGGUCCCACUGUGAUACACGCCUUAGAGGGCACCGAUGGGAAGACGGUAAAUGUAAUGCUUCAUAUCCGAAGGACUCUGGGAUUCACUGGCAUUGUCAGUGUGAGUGUUGUCACCUUUGGAGAAAAGAAGCUUGGAAGUGGUACACAACAAACCCCUUUUCAAACCAGCCAGCAAAAUUCUACUCUCUCCUGGGCCAAAGAGGGAGAGGAUUUUGAAGAUGAAGCUUUGAAUGUUACUCUACAAGAUGAGGAAAAGGAAAUCGAUAUAUCCAUCCACAUUUUCGAUGACAAUGAACCAGAGGGACAAGAAUUUUUUUUUGUCUAUCUAACAGAUCCCGGUGGAGGUGCACAAAUUGUGGAAGGAAAAGAUGAGCAUGGACUCAUGGCUUUUAUGAAGAUAGUUAUCUUGGGAAAUGAUGUACAGAAUGGCAUUAUAGGUUUUGCAUGGGUCUCCCAGAGUAACCCUGUGCUGGAUGAAGACUCUGACAAUAGAGAGCUUCGCCUGGCAGUUGAAAGGCAAAAGAUCAGAUCCUUUGAGGAUGUGACGAUUUCUUGGCGUGUGAGCUUUAAGAGAACAGAUGUUGUACUGCAAAGAGAUGGGGUAGACCUGACCAACGAGCUCAUGGCCACAUCAGGAAUGAUCCUUUGUUUAUCUGGAGAGACUCGGUGCCCAAUCGCCAUUGAAAUCAAACCAGAUCAGAUCCCAGAAUCUGAAACAUGGUUUCUUGUGGAAAUCUAUGAAGUGGGAGCAGGAGCCCUGAUAAAUGACAGUGCUCGAUUUUUAAACAUUACAAUAUUGGAGAGUGAUAACCUUCACGCAUCGAUCUAUUUUACUCCAGGAUCUUGGCUCACUGUGGUUGAUCAGAAGGCUACAUUUGUCACCCUGCAGGUUGUUAAGAAUGUUGGUUCAAGUACUGUUGCAAAUGUUAGUUAUCAAACACAGGGAUUAAGGAAGGGUGAGCUGAUGGGCCAAACCUUAAUAUCCCCAGCAAUUGCCGGGAUGGAUUUUGUGAAAUCGGAAGGCAUUUUAACUUUUCAACCAGGACAGCUAAACAUAACGUUGAAUAUUGUUCUUACUCCAGAGCUGACAUCUUCCAAUCUAUUUCCCAAACGAUUUCAAGUGGUGCUCUAUAAUCCCACUGCAGGAGUUUUGUUGGAUGAAAAAUACAACAUAGCAAAUAUUACAAUAGUCACAGACGCUGACACUCAGUUCCUCUGGGUUUUGGCUAAUCAGUUAUACCAACCUCUUGAUGAUGAAUUAAUAAAUCAAAUUCUUCAGAAAUUGCAAAGCAAGCUGACUGUGGAGACCACAGGAGAACAACUCAGUGCAGUAAUGAAAGUGUUUGAAAAGGUACUCGAGGAAGGAGAAAGGGGGCCUCUCAGUGAUACCGGAAGAGAACUACUGUAUAAUAGUCUUUGUGCACUGUUAGAUCCUACUCGUAUGGAUACCAAAGGAUUUAGUCACCUGUCUGAAGUGACUGAAAGAUUUGCCUUCUCACUCCUCACUGAUGUAGAAUGUGGAUCACCUGGUCAGAGAGGCAAGACAGUUCUUGAUACCUGCCAGUACCUCACUAUUCAAUCGUAUCACUGGUAUCCCCAACAAAUUAAUGGGCACAAAGUUGAGUGGAAGAACGGUGAUUCCUUGCAAGUUCCUGAACGGUUGCUGGACGUUUCUUCUCCACCCUCUGAACCGGGACGUGAAAAUUGUCAGCGUGUGCAAUUCACGGAGUACAGCAGCCAGCAAUGGUUCCAAACCAACGCAAAUAGGAAUGCCCUCAACAACAAAAUAUUUUCAGCAAGCCUAAAGGAUCGUGAUCCACAACCUCUUGCAGACAACAACACAAUAACCUAUCGUAUUCACAGUCCUGAAAGCCGCAUUGUUCCUCAAACAUCCGCAUGCCUCCUAUGGAACAAGGAAACCAAGAGUUGGUCGUCAAGUAACCUGUUCUGUCGAGUGGUUUUUGAAGCAAAUAACUUUGUGGAAUGUGCCUGUUCACACAUGUCCACCUACACUGCCACUGCCCUAACAGAUGAACUUUCCUUCGACAAUGAAGCCUUCUUCUCAGCUGCAUUUAUUUGCAUUUCAGGUUUAUCCUUGGCCAUUUUGUCUCACCUGCUGUGUUCAGGAUUCUCCAUGUUUGCAGCCAAACUUCUCAUGCACAUGAUGGUCGCCUGCCUUGGAACUCAGAUCUCGUUUUUGAUGUCUGUUUACCUGAGUCGGGAACUCUCAAACGAAAGUUGCUCUGCCCUUGGAUUGGUGAUGCACUACCUAUACCUCUGCCAGUUCAGUUGGAUGCUCAUUCAGUCUGUCAAUUUCUGGAAGGUGUUAGUGAUGAACGAUGAACACACAGACCGGCACUACCUGCUCUUCUUUGCUCUGAGUUGGGGUUUACCUGCUUUUGUCGUGGCUCUGCUUGUAAUUAUCCUACGAGGGGCUUAUAACUGGAGCAUGCAAGAAGUCUACGGUACCAUACAUGGCGACGUGUGCUUCAUUCCAAAUAUGUAUGCAGCUCUUGCCUCAGCAGCUUUGAUGCCUUUAUUAUGCCUUGUGGGAGUCCUUGUGAUUUUUAUCUACAUCUAUCAGGUUGUGCACCAGUGGAAAUCCUAUGAUGAUAUUUUCAGGGGGAAGGCAAAUGGAAAAGAAGUUCCUCUUGUGCUGUACCUUUUCACUCUGAUAUCAUUGACAUGGCUGUGGGGAGGCCUGUACAUGGCCUACAGACACUUCUGGAUGCUGGUACUGUACGUUAUCUUCAACAUCCUGCAGGGCCUGUAUGUUUUUGUGGUCUAUGUUAUCUUGCACAAUCAACUCUGCUGGCCAGUGAAAGCCAGCUACAGUAUGGAAAUCAAUGGUCAUCCCAGUCCUGGGUCAACCUAUCUGACAACAGGCAGUGGUGCACCAUCCGUAGGAGGGGAGAUCAGCAAGUCCACUCAGAACCUAAUCACUGCAAUGGAGGAGAUACCAGCUGACUGGGAACAAGCCUCUUUAAGAACCAGCAGUCAAGCAAGCAGCAUCUUCAAGCAAAGUCCACUGAAUGGCAACACUUAUGGCACUAAAGGAGAUUAUGGUACUGGAAACUUGGUGGGGGAUGAAGAGUCACAAGAGUUUGAUGAUUUGAUAUUUGCCUUAAAAACUGGUGCCGGCCUCAGUGCCAGCGAUAAUGAGUCGUAUCACGGAAGCCAAGAUGGUCGAAGCAUUGCUAAUUCACAGAUUGUGGAGCUCCGAAGAAUACCAAUAGCAGACACUCACCUUUAACAGCCUUCCCUGCUUUGCAAUCGAAAUUUGAUCAUAUUUUUAUACUUUUUGGAUGUCCUUCUUUUGCACUAAAAUUUUGCAUUUAAAUAUUUAGAGCAGUGUUAUACUUUACACCGUUUGUACAACAUUUUGUAACGUUCAACUGAUUAUAACCUUAGACUUCAAUGUAAACCGUUGAAAAGUGUUUUCUGUAGUUUUUUUUAAACUUGAGUACAAAAAAGUAAAUUUUAAUUAUUAACUAAUAUGAAUGAUCGAUUUCUGUAGAACCUAGAUACAAAUUGAAAAAAAUAGCAAUAAAUGACUGAUGUAAAUCAUUUACAUCUUCCCUUAGAAGCAAUACAAUAAAAAUAAUUUUGUGGUCAUUUGUGACUAUGAAUAUGAAAAGAAAACUUGUAUGAAGUUUUAUUUUAUACUAGACCAAGUGCAGACCCGUUGGGUCUGCUCCCCCAAUGGUGUGAUUCCCCCAACCCAAUAUUCCACCAUGCACCCGUCUCCUCCAAUGGAACUGAAGCCGUUGCCAAAUGUAAGUUUCCAGCACUGCCCUGCCUCCCUCAAUUGCACCUCCCCUGCCUGCUGCAGGAGUGAAAAGUUCAGUGUUCCUGUCUUGCAACUUUGUUUCGAAGUGUGUUGGAAGCUGAUAGGAAGGAGCAGCCGUCAACGAAUCAAAAGGCAGGAAGGGAUCCGUACUGCAGGCGGACGGAUGGAUUUGAGUUUUAUAUAUUAAUAGAUAGAUAUUUGGCAGCAAUGGCUAAGUUGGAAUCCAUUGUCCAUUCUUAAUAGGCUUGAGAAAUAGGAGGCAAACCACUGCAGCCCCUCAGCUAAUGGCAUUCCCUCAUGAACCAGUGCAGUUGUUCAGGGCAAAGAUCCUCCGCUAUAGGAUCUUUGGUUCAGGGUAUGGUAUCAGAUUCAGAUUCAGAUUCAAUUUAUUGUCAUUAUGCAGUGUACAGUACAGAGACAACGAAAUG